AUGUGGCGGGACACCCGGUCGAGGGCGCCGCCCACGCAGCGCAGCCCGGCGUCCGCCUCGCUCGGGCCACAACCGGUUGCGCGCAACUGCGCCUGCGCGCUCUCCCUCACCCCCCCACCCCGCGAUCACGAGAAUUGCGCCUGCGUCCGCCUCCCUGACCCCCAGCAACUGAGAGAACUGCGCCUGCGCCUUCCGUUUCCAGGCAACCGGGAAACAGAGUCCGUUGAGCGCCUGCGCGGAGGCCGGCCUCUGGGCUGUCGGGUCGGAAAAGCGGGGUCUGGGGUCUGUGCGGCGAGCUGUCUCCAGAGCGCAGGCUUCUCUCCGGCCCGAAUGGCUGGUCUCCGGGUGGCCGCGCCUCCUCCUCCCGCGGGCGCCAUGCUUCCCUCUAGGAAGAAGGACGCCCGCGGACGAAGCGGCUCUUCCCGGAGACUCUCCCUGGCGCGGCCGAGCGAACAGCCUGCCGGCGUCCACGCUCGCCCCGAAUGGGACGCGGGUCCCGAAGCCCAGAGCUGCCGGGGAGCUGCGGCAGUCGGCGGCCCCUCGGGAAGCCCAGACUGGACCCCCUUCACGAAGAAGCGGGUUGGCGUCGACCGGGCCUACCCGCUGAAGCCCGUGUGUCACCGGAGAGCCCGCCGUGGAAAUCCGGGUGCAGCCGCCACCUCGGGGGGCCGGGGUGUCUCCGCACGACUGCCGGGGCCGGGGCCGGGGCCGCUGUCACAGGGCUGCGGGCGGACCCGGGCGUGCGGCCGCCAUCCCCGCGGCGACAGCGGCGACAGCGGGCCGGUGGGGCCGGGCGGGCCCGAGGGGUCGCACCUGCAGAGGCUGGAAGCGGCCGGGCGGAGCCUGGCGGAGGAGAUCCGGCGGGGAGAGGCCCUGCUGCGGGAGAAGCUGCGGAAGACGGCGGAGGGGCUGCGGCGGCUGCAGGAGCGGCGGCGGGCCGCCCUGGCCGGGGCAGGUGGAGGGGGCGGCCGCGGCCGCGCCGCGCACAGGCCGGGCUCCUCCCCGGAGUCCGGAUCCGCGUCCGCGUCCGAGGGGGCCUGCGGCGGAGACGGGAGCCACCGGCCGGACAGCGCCGCCCCCUGCCGCCCCUCUCCGUCUGGCAGUCGCGGCGCCCAAGGCCGGCCGCCGCCGUCGGGGCCCGCGAGGGAGCGGGGGCCCGAACCCCCGGACGAGCCCGGCAGCGCCCGGAGGUGGCGGUCGGCCAGCGAGUCCAGCCCGUCGGCGCCCCCGCACUCCUCGGGCUCCCGCUGCUCCCCGGCCCUGCCCGAGCUGGGCGAGUGCGGCGAGUGCGGCCACUGCGGUCGCAGCUUCCUCCGGCGCCGGCUGCAGAGACACGCGGCCAUCUGCGGGCGGGCGCAGGCCACCAAGAGAAAGGUGUUCGACUCCUCGCGGGCCCGGGCCAAGGGCACCGAACUCGAGCAGUACCUCGACUGGAAGCACCCGGCCCAGGCCAAGACGGAGCUGCCCAAGAGCGACUGGAGACAGAAGCACGAAUCCUUCAUCCGCACCCUCCGGCAGGCCCGCGAGGCCCAGCAGGCCAUCGCCCAAAGCGGAGACCCCUCGGCCCGGCCUCCCUUCCUGCCCGCGGAGAACCCCGACUACGUCCAGUGUCCACACUGCAGCCGCCACUUCGCCCCCAAGGUGGCCGAACGGCACAUUCCCAAGUGUAAGACCAUCAGAAACCGCCCUCCGCCUCCGAGGAAGCAUCACGCUUGAUCAGAAGGGAGACCUGCUUCUCUCCAGCAGAACCCUGGGGUGGAGCCGCCUGGUGGGAGGGGGAGGGAUGGAAGCGUCCAGCAUCUCCACAGAAGCCAUGGGGAGAGACCUGCCCAGAUAGCAGGGGCCCAGGCACCUAGGUCACCGAACCUGAACCUUGAGAGGCACCUCCGAGCGUACCCACAUUAAAGCUCGCUCACUCGCUCUCUCUUCCUAA